AUGAUGCUGACACGUCGACUAAUUCUCCGGCAAAAACUGCCUCGAAUCACCCGAGUGACCUUCACUCGCCACAAUUCCUCCGGAGAAGUGCAAACAGAGUACAUAGGACAGCUAGAAGUGAGGUUAUCCCCACACAAGCCUCUAGCAAAACGCCGCCCGCCUUUCGCCAAGAACCUCUUUUUAGGAAAAUACGACACAGAAUUUUGCGCUUUUCCCGAGCCGCAGAACUACGACCGGCAAAAGGAGUUCUUCGAGUGGCUGAAACCCAUCGAAAAUUUAGUAACAAGUAACAUCAACCCUGAUGCAAUCGACAAGAGUGCAAAAAUUCCCCAGGAUGUAAUUGACCAAUUAAAAGACCUAGAUGUCCUACGAGCCGCUGUUCCAGACGAGUACAAAGGCCUGGGUCUUAAUUUCAGCGAAAUAUCUAAAUUAAUUGAGACACUCUCUCACGUUCCACCAUUAGGAGCUUACCUAGCCAAGCAAGCUCACGCUAUUUCUCUGAUAGCCAACCACGCCUCGGACAUCCAAAAGGAAAUUUAUCUAACGAGAAUAGCAACUGGAGAAAUAACUCCUACAGUUUGCAUAUGCGAGAACACCCAAGUGUCCAAUGCAGCUGCUAUCCAGUGCUACGCUGAGCGAUCAGCUGAUGAUAAAUUCUGGAUUUUAAACGGGUCUAAAACCUUCGUAGCAAAUGCAGAAAAUUCUAAUUUAUUUUUAGUCUUUGCUGAUUAUUACGAGCAGGGCAGAAACUUUAAACCCGAGGACCGAGUUACUGCUUUUUUAGUCGAAAAAGAUUUCGGAGGGAUCACCGUGCAUGAGCCUGUCGACACAAUGGGCCUCAGAGGAUACACUUUAAGCCAGGUGACCUUCAAAGACACUCAAGUGCCUAUUAACAACGUUGUUGGAGAAUUAGGCUCAGCUUCCGAGCUCUUUGGAAAUAUUUUUAGUGAGGGUAAAGAAUUUAUCGGGAGCCAAGCGAUUGGUUUGACGAAAAACUUCCUCGAGCUGCUGAUAAAAAGUCUCAAGUCCGACCCGGACUUCAACGCGACCACGUUUAAGAAUGAAACUGUCCAGGAAGUUGUUGGAAAAAUAUCCUGCAGUAUCUUCGCGAUGGAGAGUGUCGUUUAUAUGACCACCGGGAUGAUUGAUACCUUUGCGAAUCAAGAUUGCGACGUGGAGAAGUGUAUUGUAGAAUAUUUCUGCAAUGAAACUUGCAUCCAGAGUCUUCUAACUGGAGUACCGCUGCUGGGGUCUUCGUCUUUUAUUAGAGGCUCGGGAAUUGAGCGAUUGCUGAGAGACGCAAUGUGUCUCACUAGCUUUGAUGGGUCGGUGCUUAAUACUAAAGCUGCGAUUGCGCUUCAGGGGGUGCAGUUCAACGGCAGGCAGACUCAUGAGACAGUGAGAGUCAAGAGGAACCCUCCGAUGUUCCCUAAAAAGGUUCUGGAGAUGAUGCUCAAGUUAAAGAAGGACAAGAGCUUGUACAUUGCUGAUAAUAUGCAUCCGACUCUCAUGCACUCGGCGACGCUACUCGAGCAGACGAUUCUUAAGUUUGAGAAGGUCAUUGCGACUAUUCUUAUCCGCCAUGGCUUUGAAGUCACAGAUAAACAGAUGGAUCUCUGUAGGAUUGCUGAUGUUGCUUCUUAUUUGUAUGUUAUGGCUGCUAUUCUUGCUCGCUCGUCCAGGUCUUAUUGUUUGGGGCUUAGAGACAGCGAGCUGGAGCUCAAGAUGGCGCAAAUUCAUGCGUAUAUUCUGUACCAAAAAGCUCAGGUGCUGGUUGAUGAAUUGGAGCAUGGGGACUGGAUUAAUGGAGAUUACUUGAUCAAGGAAAUUGCUGAUACUGCUUUUGAGAAGAACAAGUUCUUUGUUGAACAUCCUCUUGCUAGAGCUUUCUAA